AUGGAGCCAGGCGACCGAUACAAUGAGUGUCUGUUAGCCAUGAAACGAGCCCACAGGGAAUCAACGACAACAAAUGCCAGCGAGUCACCGCCAGAGCGGGACAGGAAACCUUCUGACUUCAAUGAAGGCAACAUGACCGACGCCCUAGAGACCGCUAGGCGAGGAAGCAUCAUCGCGUCUAUGGUGCCCGACGAGAUAAUACUCCAGCAUUCUAACUACUCAGUCAGGCAGUACGAGACUGCACUCUUGUUGUUAGAUGUCUCAGGAUUCACGGAUCUUUGCGAGAAUUUCACCAAGGCUGACCACGGCAGCCCCUCCCGGCUCACCCAAGUCCUGAACUCAUACAUCGGAGCCAUGGUCCAGGAGAUACUCUCACACGGCGGCGAUAUACUGAACUUCUCUGGAGACGCUAUUCUCUCUAUGUGGAAGAGAUUGCCUGGCUUGUCCCUGCAGACCGUCGUGCACUUGGCUAUAGAUUGUGGAUUGAAUAUUCAGAAGAAUAAUGGGACGUUCCAUUCUGAUGUUGGCGUUGUACUUAGAGUGAAGGUAGCGAUAUCCUGCGGCGUGUCACACUUCGCGCUCAUCGGCGACGCCGCGCAUUCCCACUACGUGGUCCUGGGACAGCCGGUGUGGGACGUCAAGGUGGCGGAGAACCUCGCCGUCGCCGGUGACGUGAUCGCAUCGCCCAGUGCGUGGAGGCAUGCCAACGAGGCGGAAUAUAUCUCGGAGUCGUUUGGAGAUGGAACUCAUACGAGGGUGCUACAAACCGCAGGUCCAUGGAAGAGAUUCAGGCCCUCUUUUAUUAACGACAAAGAACUGCUUCUACCAGCUAAUAUAGACGUAGCUGGCGACCUGGAGCAAUACUACAAAAAAUUUGCACUUCGGCCAGUUAUAGUAUCAGCGUUACGUAGCCUAUGGUGGCCUACGCUUCGCAAGUUCAUGGUGCAGCCGGUGAUUUGGGCCGUGGAGAAUGACGAACCCAUGGAAUUCCUGACAGAGAUACGCCGAGUGGUCGUCAUAUUCUUGAACAUUGUGACCAAAACUGUGACUGCUGAAAAGCUUGUCGAAAUUGUCGAUACUGCGUAUAAAUGCGUUUAUAGCACAUCGUCAGCAGCAGGCGGCCUCUUAAACAAAGUGUCAUUGUUCGACAAAGACCUGAUGUUUCUACUCGUUUUCGGCCUCCGAGGGAUGUCGCACGGUGACGAGGCCCAAAAGAGCCUGCUCUGUGCUCAAGCCUUGAAGGAGAGGCUGAUCGACCCUGACAUUAUAUCAGUCUCAAUUGGGAUUUCGUCUGGAACAACAUACUGCGGUGUGGUUGGCCAUGUUCUCCGGCGGGAAUACACAGUUAUAGGAACAGCAGCAAAUAAGGCCGCACGGUUAAUGACAGCGUAUCGUAACAAAUUAGUAUGUGACAAGGAAACAUUCUUAAGAAGCAAAAUGGAUCAAGAUUUUUUUAGGUUGAUGGAAUUCAUCCCAAUGAAAGGCAUUAAGAGGCCUGGACCAGUUUAUGAGUUCAACAAAUAUGGAUGGCCUGAAAAGCCAAGCGGCAUACGCCAGCCUAUCCUAGGCAGGGAGGAGGAGCUGAGAGCCAUCAUACUGGCUUUCCAGAAAGCCAUGGAACAACAACAUGAGCCGGUUGAAAAUCAACAGGAUCUUAUCUACGGAGUAGUGUUCAUUGGACCUCUUAGAGUAGGUAAAAAGCGAUUAAUGGAAGAAUGCAUAUAUCUUACGCCAAAUUGUGUUAGGAUUGUAAGAAUAUCUUUAACGGAAACUGAAAAGAUACCAUAUGGAUUGUUCCGUCUGAUUGCUCUCAAAACUUUGUCAGGCAGUUCCUCAGAACGAGACAAGUGCGAAAACCAAUUACGGACAAGGUUUACAAGCAUUGACUUUGAUAUUGGAAUAAGCACAGUGCAGUGCUGUUAUACAGGGUGUCCCUGGAAGUAUGGUCAAAUCGAAUGGGGAUGUAGAGAAGGCCAUUCUGGGAAUUUUCUACCACAUGUACUAUUAUGCUAAGUCAUGCGAAAAUUUUAUUUUGAAUUUUUAUACAUUUAUCUUAAAAAGGUACUAUGAGAAAUCUUGCUUUUAACGCUUUCAGAAGAACACAGAA